AGACAUGGAACCCACCCCUCUGUGACAUCAGCCCCAGGGCACCACAGGCAGCGUGGCUGCUGCAGGCACUGUGGCUGUGGCUGUGCUGCUGCACGGAGCUCUCAGUGCUUGCAGCUGACACGUGCCUCUGGCAGCCAUGAAUUGGCUCAUCCUCCCCGUCCUGCUGACUGUGGCCAGGCUGGUGCACGGGACAUGGGACAACUGUGGAGGGAUAUGUGGGCUCCGACCCAUGGUGUAUGAGUAUGAGUACAUGGAUCAUGACAAUGGCACGACACGUGUUGUCGGUGGUGCGGAUGCCAAACCAGGGGCCUGGCCCUGGAUCAUCAGCCUUAAGCAUCCUGCAAUACCAGGCACAAGACACCUGUGUGGAGGGUCUCUCAUCACUGCAGAGUGGGUCCUCACAGCAGCCCACUGCUUUGACAAGAUCAGGAAAAUUGCCAUGGUUUAUCUGGUGAUUGGGGCCACCCAGUUGACUAAGCCAGGACGUGGAGCACAACUGCGACGGAUUAAGAAGUUAGUGCGUCAUGAACACUAUAAUCCAAGUGACAAAAGUAAUGACAUUGCCUUGCUGCAGCUGAGCAAGCCUGUUGACUGCAACCCCUAUGUUCAGCUGGCCUGUGUGGCUGACCCCGCCUUAAGCCUGUCAGAGCUGCAGAACUGCUGGGUGGCUGGCUGGGGUUCCACUACUGCAAGAGCUCAAAAGUCAAGUGAUGUCCUACAGGAGGCCAUGGUCCAGCUCAUUGAUGUCCAGCUUUGCAACAGCAGUGGCUGGUACUCAGGGAAAAUCCACACCCACAACUUGUGUGCUGGUUACCCUCAGGGCAACAUUGACACCUGCCAGGGUGACAGUGGUGGUCCUCUCAUGUGCCAAGAGGAAAACAGUGACUUCUUCUGGAUUGUUGGAGUGACCAGCUGGGGAAGAGGCUGUGCCAGAGCAAGGCAGCCUGGAAUCUACACCUCCACUCAGUACUUCUAUGACUGGAUUCUGGCCCACAUCGGCCUGGAGACAAUUGAAAAUGUUUCUUGAGCACCAGGAUGGGCAGCAUCAGGGGUGUACUGCAGUGCACAGCAAGUGUAUCCUGCUGGGGCAAUGCCUGUUGAUCCAAAGGCAGCCUCAGGGUCAAAACCCUGCUCUAUCCUGACCACACUCCUCUCCUCUGUGCACACAGACACUGGAAUUGAUUUAGUUGUUGAAAUAAAGUUACCUUUGUUCCCAGGGAACUAUCUUUUCAGUGCAA